AAAGCCUUCGGAAAUAGAAACAAAGUUGGUUACAAAUCACACUGGCUUUGCCCGAAGGUUCUCCCCCCCCCCUCGAACCCCUCCCACUCUUCUUUAGCAUGCUGCCCAUGGGGACCGGGACCACUGCUGUCAGAGCGGUAGGUCGGGGUGGUUUAGUGGCGAGGGAGAAGCUGUAACUUCUACGUGACCAUGGUACCUGUUGAAAACACAGAGGGCCCCAAUCUGCUGAUCCAGAAGGGGAGAGAGGCGGAGACCGAUGGCAGCUGUGGAGCCAGCGGCGGCCGGCAUCCUGCUUGCGCGGGAGGUUGCAGCAUGUUCACCUUCCUGACAUCUGUCACUGCAGCCGUCAGCGGCCUCCUGGUGGGUUACGAACUGGGGCUCAUCUCUGGAGCCCUUCUUCAGAUCAGAACCCUGUUAGCCCUGACCUGCCACGAGCAGGAAAUGGUCGUGAGCUCCCUGCUCAUUGGGGCGUUCCUGGCCUCUCUCACUGGAGGCGUGCUGAUAGACAGGUAUGGGAGAAGGCUCACCAUUAUCCUCUCGUCGUGCGUCCUAGGACUCGGAAGCUUGGUCUUGAUAAUGAGCUUGUCCUACACUGUCCUUAUUAUGGGACGCAUUGCCAUCGGGGUGUCCAUUUCCUUGUCUUCCAUUGCCACAUGUGUGUACAUUGCAGAGAUUGCUCCCCAGCACAGAAGAGGCCUCCUUGUGUCCCUGAAUGAGCUGAUGAUUGUCAUCGGUAUCCUCUUUGCCUACAUUUCAAACUAUGCAUUCGCCAAUGUCUUCAAUGGUUGGAAGUAUAUGUUUGGUCUUGUGAUUCCCCUGGGGCUUUUGCAAGCAAUCGCGAUGUACUUUCUUCCGCCAAGUCCUCGGUUUCUGGUGAUGAAAGGGCAAGAGGAUGCUGCCGGCAAAGUCCUUGGGAAGUUAAGAGUGAUCUCAGACACCACCGAAGAACUCACUUUGAUCAAGUCUUCCUUGAAAGAUGAGUAUCAGUAUAGUUUCUGGGAUCUGUUUCGCUCCAAGGACAACAUGAGGACCCGAAUCAUGAUAGGUCUGACGCUGGUGUUUUUUGUACAGACCACUGGCCAGCCAAACAUACUGUUCUAUGCAUCAACCGUCUUGAAGUCCGUUGGCUUCCAGAGCAAUGAGGCAGCCAGCCUCGCCUCCACUGGGGUUGGAGUGGUCAAGGUGGUUAGCACCAUACCAGCAACCCUCCUUGUGGACCACGUUGGUAGCAAAACCUUCCUCUGCAUUGGCUCCUCCGUGAUGGCUGCUUCACUGUUGACCAUGGGUAUUGUGAAUCUCAACAUCAACAUGAAUUUCACCAAUAUCUGCAGAAGCCAUAGCCCUCUUAACCAGUCCCUGGAGGAGCCUGUGUUCUAUGCAACCGGGAACCUGUCAACUGGCAACAGUAGUCUUGGGGAGCACUUUAAAGGAGUCCCCCCACACAGCAGGGGCUCAUUCAUGCCUAUGGGACAUGGCAUGGAGCAGAAAGGGGAGAUGACCCUCACAUCUUUACCAAAUGCUGGACUGAGCCAAACUGAACACCAGGUAGUCACAGACCCUGCUGUUGUCCCAGCUGCUUACAAAUGGCUGUCCUUGGCCAGCUUGCUUGUGUAUGUUGCUGCUUUUUCAAUUGGUCUAGGACCAAUGCCCUGGCUGUUGCUCAGUGAGAUCUUUCCUGGCGGAAUUAGAGGCCGAGCCAUGGCCCUGACUUCUAGCAUGAACUGGGGUAUUAAUCUUCUCAUCUCUUUGACAUUUCUGACGGUGACUGAUCUUAUUGGCUUGUCGUGGGUAUGCUUCAUAUAUACGAUCAUGAGUCUAGCAUCCCUGGUUUUUGUUGUUCUGUUUAUACCUGAGACUAAGGGAUGCUCUUUGGAACAAAUAUCAAUGGAGCUAGCAAAAGCGAACUAUGUGAAAACCAACAUUUGUUUUAUGAGUCAUCACCAAGAAGAAUUAGUGCCAACACAGCUUCAGAAAAGAAAGCCCCAAGAGCAGCUCCCAGAGUGUAAGAAGCUGUGUGGCAGGGGACAGCCACAGCAGCCUUCUCCAGGAACCUAAGGGGCUCAGAUCCUUACACGUGGUGCUGUGGCAGGACCUACAGGGGCUCGGCCAUGGCUUCUCCUCAGUGUCAUGGAGAACUUCUACAUGGACACACUGAAAUUAGAAAGACAAUCUUUAAUUCCUCUUCUCCAAAUGGGACCUUUGUCAAAAGGUAGAUGAGGCAUUACCAAUGCCCUAAUGUAUCAGGUUAAAAAAAAAAAUCAAACAGUAACAAAAUCCCGACAGAUUCAAUACCUUCUACGUUCUCUCCAGUGCAGCCUUUGAAAGACAAAGUUCUAGUGACAAGGCCAGCCUUUGCCUUAAGCUGUCUAGGAUGCCAGUCACAGCUUAAUACUUAGACACAGAAGCAUUCUGGGCGGGCAUUUACCAUUUUUGCCUCUGAAGACACUCCUUGCUCUGGGUCCUCUGUCAAAACACUGUGGAUGAUUCAACUGUACCUGUGUUGUAGAUUAGGGACUAUGGUGUCCUGGGGAAGACUAUUGACAACUCAAGUCCACCAUUACCAAGAUUACGUAGCUAGUACAGCACACAUAAUGAAAUAGUUAAUCAAAAUAGCUUUUUAAAAUUUUAUGUCCAUUUUAAAAGAUGUUAAAAAAAUAAAGCAUUUUUCCAUUUUUUAAAAUUAGAAAAGUCAAUUUAAAAAUCCUUGGGACCAUAUUUAUUUAGAAAUACCUUAGUGAAUAUUAGAAAAGAAGUCUGACAUAGGUUAUUAUUUAUCCAGAUCUCUAAGCACAUAGGUUUAAGCUAUAAAGUCAAAUCUAUAAACAUUGUGUCCUGGGAAGGCUUCUGUCAGACCCUGUAGCAGUGCACGGCUGCCUGCCAUUCUCCCCACUCCUCAGGCGUCUCUCUACCUCGGGCUACGGCAGGCUGCCUCUCACUGCUCCCUUUCAGAUGAACGCAGACAGACUGAACGACACUGACAUCAGGACAGGUCCCUUCUGUGAUGUGCAGUGAUGAGCCAUACCAGCAAGGUGCAUUUUACCCACAGGAUGCAUUUUUCUGGCCUGUUUGCGGUUGAAUUUUAAGAUUUGACAAAACAGCUCACCAUCAGAAUUUGCAUAGGAUAGGAAAACCUGAGGUAAAGGAUCUUUGAUUAUUUAAUAAACUACAGAAGGAACACAAAAAGUAAGCCUUAAGGUGCAACAACCUAAUUUGAAAAAUAAUUCAAAGAAAUAUUAACUUGAAAAACAGAGCCUUAAACCCCUUAAUUUGGGAAUUUUUUUCCUUUCACUCCCAAAUGGUCCCAGUCUGAUGAGAGGUACAUGGCCAUCACACUGCCUUCUAGCCAAGUGGGAAGACAGUGAGUGCCCCCAGCAUCACAGAGAGCAGGCCCCCCAGCCUCGGGAGUGUGACGGGGCCUGGUUCUGAAGCGCAUCGUCUACGUUAAAGGUGGCAGGAAGAAGCUGAGAAUGAAAUCUUCAUUAUGUCGUGGUGUAUCUCACAUCGAGUAAGAAUGUGUGCUGUUUUCUGCUUGUCUUCACAGGCGAGGGUAAGGUGGGUUCUGCAGAGUACCACUUUAAAUACUGCGAGUCUCUGGAAUUACAUGCCACGAUUUAAAACAAAACAAAAUAAAAAAGCAAAACUCGAAGCAGGUUAUCAACCUGAGCUUUUUUCUUUUUUCCUCUCCAAGUAUCAGAUUAAGAUAUUUUUAAAAUUGUUAAGUGUUUCGAUUUUAAAUAUAUAUGGACACACAUACUUGGCUCUCUCAUAUUCCUUGUGAAUGGAGAAGAAAGAAGCAAAGGCAGCUCACUACUAAUGACUUCAGUGUACAUACCAUAAAUGUUCUAAUGUUCUCUUACUACCCCAACUAUGGAACUAAACACUUUUGUUUUCAAAAUAAUUUUUACCCAGUAUUAGCCCCACCCUACCCCCAGCACACGAAGCCUUUGGUUUUGAAAAAUAAAAAGGGGGAAUACUUAAAAUUUGUCUGUAUAUAUUCACAGUUUUUAUUUAUAUAAAACCUUUUUACAGUACUUGUAGAAAAUCAGGUGACAGGAGACGCACGCACUCCUUCCCAGCUCUGUUUAGAGGACUGCCCAGGAAGCUGCCAGGCAGCGCCCACACAGCAGGGACAUCCAGACUUGGUCACGCUUUCUUGGCUCCUCUGAUAAUUCCCACAAGCUUCAGAUCUGCAUGGCUUGCACGCUACCGAGUACUGAACACGUUGCGUCCUUUGGAUCUGCCCCUUCCCUAUCUAAGUCUCUGCUCGCACAUACUUCUGUGUUUGUGAACACUGCAGGCGGGAAGACCUCGGUGCUCUAGUCUAACCUCUAACUGCAUUUUCCCCCUGGUAGCUAGGAUUUUGGCUAAUGAUCUUAUCACAAAGCAAAUAAAAACAAAUGUAAAAACAAUUAAAAAAAUUUGAAGACUUAAAAAAAUCAGAAUUAAUUAUGAGUAAAGCAAGUAUAAAAGUCAGCCUUUGCCCUACUCUUUGAAGGAGUGAAGGGCAGGGUAUGAGACGGCUUUUAGAAGACAAAAUGGAGCAUAGAAUCCUAUGUACUGUUCAGUGCAGUGCUUAAGCUCUCCUUGUGAGAGAUUAUAAUAUGUAGAAAACUUA